AAAAAUUUUUUUGUGAAAGCAGCUGAGCUACCAUUACCAACAUGGCUCUUCUCUCCAACUGUAACCCAACUGCUUCAUCAAUUCUCUCUCUCUCUCUCUCGUAAUCCGCUGUGUCUCAACGACCCUUUUCGACAUUUUCGAAGCUUCCUCUCAACCUCUACAAACCCAUUAAUUCUUCGCUUUCAUCCACACGCUCUCUAGUUUUCACUAUAUUACUUCCCUUGAUCACUCUUCAAAACCCAAUCAACAAACUGCCGAUUGAUCAUGUUGUGAUCUCCAUUGCCGCCCUCCGUCGCGACCAAUCAAAACAAUUGAUUCUGAAAUAUGUCGACAACAGCAGCCACCAAUAUUCAGAUUACUACACUGAGAACUUGCAAAUUCUCCACUCCAAGAAGUGUCAAGGUUGUUUUUCCACCAGUUCUUGGUGGCAAUUCAAAGGCAAUACCAUGGGCUACACUUAGAAGUGUCCACAAUAUAUCCUCUUUGGAACACUUUCAGCUGAAUUCCACCACUCUAUCUUCUACAAAAUUUGAAAAGAUUUCAACUAGAGCCGUGUCUGGAUCUAGUGAAGACAAACCAGUCUUUGGGCUGCCGAUUGAUUUAAAAGGUAAGCGGGCAUUUAUUGCUGGUGUAGCUGAUGACAAUGGCUAUGGUUGGGCAAUAGCAAAGUCCCUUGCUGCUGCCGGGGCUGAAAUCAUUGUCGGUACGUGGGUGCCUGCUUUAAACAUCUUUGAAUCCAGCUUGCGACGUGGAAAGUUCGAUGAAUCUCGAAUAUUGCCAGACGGAUCUUUAAUGGAGAUCACCAAAAUGUAUCCUCUUGAUGCAGUUUUUGACAAUCCUGAGGAUGUUCCUGAAGAUAUAAAAACAAAUAAGCGGUAUGCAGGUUCCACUAAUUGGACAGUUCAGGAAGUAGCAGAAUCAGUGAAGAAGGAUUUUGGGACCAUUGACAUCCUUGUGCACUCACUUGCAAAUGGGCCAGAGGUGAGUAAACCUCUCUUAGAGACAUCCAGGAAAGGUUACCUAGCGGCUUUAUCUGCUUCAAGUUACUCCUACAUUUCUCUUCUUAAGCAUUUCAUUCCAAUAAUGAAUCCAGGCGGUUCUUCGAUCUCUCUUACGUACAUUGCUUCUGAAAGGAUCAUUCCGGGAUAUGGUGGAGGUAUGAGUUCAGCAAAAGCUGCACUGGAGAGUGAUACACGAGUGCUUGCUUUCGAGGCAGGUAGAAAAAAUAAAAUCAGAGUCAACACCAUCUCUGCUGGUCCACUAAGAAGCCGUGCAGCAAAAGCAAUCGGAUUCAUUGAUAUGAUGAUAGACUACUCACUAGCAAAUGCACCUCUGCAGAAAGAAUUAUCUGCAGAGGAGGUGGGGAAUGCAGCUGCCUUCUUGGCAUCACCUCUAGCUUCUGCCAUAACUGGCUCUGUUAUCUAUGUGGACAACGGUUUGAACGCCAUGGGCGUGGCAGUCGAUAGCCCAAUAUUCGAGGGACUUUGAUAACCCACAGACACCAUAGCUAGCUGAUAAAGUCAAUACAAGAGAAGAAACUGCUGCUGCUGACCCUGGUGCCAAGUCUUUGUAUCUCUUCUUGUUCUUGCUCCAUAGUUUGCAUGAACUUCAUUUCAUUAAGCUCCUGGCCCUAAUUUUGGCAAGAGGUUUUCUUUUUCUACUUUGAUAGAUUUGUCAGUUCUCUAUGAUUUCUAAAACCAUGUCAUCAUCCAAUUAACUGGGUCCAUUUAAGAUGUAUUCACAAAGUCCUCAAAACGUAAGGAUGUUGCUUCAAA